GCUUUGGAGGAGAGGUGGGCUGGGCAGCCCCCAGCACAAGGGGCUCCUACAGGCAGUGGGUGAGCACAGCCCUUUCUUCCAUGGUAGGGGCAGCCAAGACAGGGCCUACCAUGGAUUCAGGGAUUAGUACCACAUGGGGGAGGAGGGAGGCGUGCAGAAGCCCGGGCCCAGCACAGGCUCCCCUCUCUCUGUCUGCAGUAGCACGCUACAACCGCACCAGCUACUUCUACCCCACCUUCUCAGAGAGCUCGGAGCACAGCCACCUGCUCGUGUCCCCCGUGCUGGUAGCCAGCGCCGUCAUCGGCGUGGUCAUCAUCCUCUCCUGCAUCACCAUCAUUGUGGGCAGCAUCCGCAGGGACAGGCAGGCCCGGCUGCAGCGGCACCGCCACCGCCAUCAUCAUCACCACCACCGGCGCCGACACCGGGAGUAUGAGCACGGCUACGUGUCAGAAGAGCACGCAUACAGCCGUUCAAGCCGCAGGAUGCGUUACGCCUGCAGCCCCGUCGAAGACUGGCCCCUACCCUUGGACGUCAGCUCUGAUGGGGACGUGGAUGCCACAGUGCUCAGGGAGCUGUACCCAGAUUCCCCGCCGGGCUACGAAGAGUGUGUGGGGCCAGGGGCCACAGAGCUGUACGUCCCCACAGAUGCACCACCGCCCUACUCGCUGACUGGCUCCUGCCCCACAUUGGACAGCGCCGUGGAUGCCAGCAGUGGCCAAGAUCCCAGCCAAUCCCAGCAGGUGCACAGGCCUGAGGAGCUGAGUGGUCUCCAUACCACCUCCAUGGACAUGCUGCCUCCAUACGAGGCUGUGUGUGGAGCUGGUCCUCCGUCCGGUCUGCUGCCGCUGCCGGGCCCAGGACCAGGGCCAAGAAGUUCUCAGAGCUCACCCGACCCCAGCCAGGGCUCAGAGAGGACUGUGUGAGCGACUCAGCUGACCAGCUCCUGCUGGUCCCUCUGGGCUGAGCCAUACCCUGCAGGCAUACACACACACAAAUAUACAAUGCACCCACCCAGGUACAGACACUGACACACCCCAUGUGCACACAAUCCAGACAUGCAAGUCUCGUGUGCAGACAAACCUACCUGCACAGGUAUCCUUCGCCCAGGUUAGGAGUGCCUCUGUGAAUGGCACUGGGGGAAAGAGGGAGCCAAGUUGGAAAGGGCCUUUUUUGGCCAUCUCCCCAGGCCUGUUUGCCCCUGCCCUGCCCAGCAGACUGUGCCAAUAUUCUGAUUCCACCUCUGGAAACUUCUUGGCCAACCCAGGCCAGCCCCUGACACCAGGAUCCAGAGGAGAUCAGGCUGCGUGUUGUGCCUGUCUCUCACCUCCAGGGCAGAAGAACCACAACACCACCACCCUGCUACUUAUGAGGCUGAGGGGCCUGGAGACCCUCGCAGCUCACUGAGCCCCCACUGACACAGGCCCCUCCAUCUGGUGCUGUUAGUGGAGCUCUUGGCUCCCAGCUGUGUAGGGCCCUGCAUGAGUUGGUGGUGGGUGUGGAAGGAUGGGGCUAUUUUCCCACCAGGAUGCUGACCCCUGCCUGACACUGAGGUCUCCAGAACAGAUGAGGCCAUGGCCCUGCCCCAGGGGGUCCCAUUUACAACGCUGCCAGGUCGCUGCUCCAAGGCAGAGAUGUGGCUCCCCUCACCCAGCACGUGCCCGCUUAGCCACUGUGGCCUGACCUCAAAGAGCUGGUGCUUUUUCCCUGGCUGGCAGCAGGUGGCUGGGGACUGGGAGUCCCCCACUUUUGGCCUUGGCCUUCCGCAGUUCCUGCAGAGAGUGACCUGGGCCCCCUAAAGGUCGCUGUGCCACCUCAGAAGCAGUUGCAGUUGAUGGUGGCUGCAACAGGGUAUGCCAACAGGUCACCUCCUAGGAAGCCCGGCGACUUCCAUCCGAAGCCACGUGGGCAACAGGUGGUUCCUAAAGAAGACUCAGCCAGCCAAGGGGCCCAGUUGCUCUGCCACCCCCACUUCUUGUCACCUACCCUCUGCUCAUCCUCUUCCCCACACCUCAACUUCUCUAGUGAAGGGCUAAGACACUUCUGUAAAUCCCUUUCCAAAGCAGAGGGGCAGCAAAGGUGGCAGCCCUGAACUUGACUUUCAGUCCAGAGCUUGAGUUCCAGUGCAGAAUGGAAAGGAACUCACCCACUGGCCCCCGGAGCCCCUGACUCCACCUGAGGGCUGGGAGGGACCUUGUUUACAAGUUCCGUGCACCUGUGCGGUGUGCUGUUUCCUAGGCAGAAGUGCCUGCCUGCUGUGCUUAACGCCUUUAACAUGCGCCCCAGGGACGAGGCAGCUCUGAAGACGCAUCUGCAACUGCUGAGCGUGCUGGAGGAGAGGGCAGGGGACGGGAGAGAAAGAUAAAGAUCCCUGCCUCCUCCUCAGUGGGCACCAGAGACAGAGCCAAACUGCUUCUCUUGCUGCUGGCUGAGGCGCUGAAUAAGCAACAAUGUAUCUUUUCUGUGUUCAAAAUAAAUAUAUCCUAUCAAUAAAA